ACGGUCUCUUCCCGGGGGGCUUGCCCAGCGCGUGCGCACUGCGGUUCUGCGCUUGUCAUCAUGGCGACGCGGGGCCAUGUGCAGGAUCCUAACGACCGGCGCCUCCGGCCCAUUUACGAUUAUCUUGAUAAUGGGAAUAAUAAAAUGGCAAUUCAGCAAGCUGAUAAACUGUUGAAGAAACACAAAGAUCUUCACUGUGCGAAGGUUCUCAAGGCAAUUGGUUUACAGAGAACUGGAAAACAGGAGGAAGCCUUCACCUUGGCACAGGAGGUGGCUGCCCUUGAACCCACAGAUGACAACUCUCUGCAGGCCCUGACGAUCCUCUACCGGGAGAUGCACCGUCCGGAGUUAGUCACAAAGCUUUAUGAGGCGGCUGUGAAGAAAGUUCCCAACAGCGAGGAGUAUCACUCUCACCUCUUCAUGGCCUACGCCAGAGUGGGCGAGUACAAGAAGAUGCAGCAGGCUGGCAUGGCUCUGUAUAAGAUUGUCCCCAAAAACCCUUACUAUUUUUGGUCUGUGAUGAGCUUAAUCAUGCAAUCUAUAUCCGCACGAGAUGAAAAUCUCUCAAAAACCAUGUUUCUGCCCCUGGCAGAGAGGAUGGUAGAAAAAAUGGUGAAAGAGGACAAGAUAGAAGCUGAAGCUGAAGUUGAACUUUAUUAUAUGAUCCUGGAACGCUUGGGGAAGUACCAGGAAGCCCUGGAUGUCAUUAGAGGGAAAUUAGGAGAUAAGUUGACAAGUGAGAUUCAGAGUCGGGAAAACAAAUGCAUGGCCAUGUACAAGAAACUGAGCAGGUGGCCAGAGUGCAACGCCCUUUCCCGACGCCUCCUGUUGAAAAACUCAGAUGACUGGCAGUUCUAUCUGACUUAUUUCGAUUCUGUCUUUCGACUGAUUGAAGAGGCCUGGACGCCUCCUGCUGAAGGGGAACACUCCUUAGAAGGGGAAGUACACUGCUCUGCAGAAGACGCUGUGAAGUUUAUAGAGGAUCGGAUAAUGGAGGCAUCACAAAAUGCCAGGCAUGUCCGAGGCCCACACCUUGCUAAGUUGGAGCUUAUCAGGCGCCUGCGGAGCCAAGGUUGUAAUGACGAGUACAAGCUGGGUGACCCAGAAGAGUUAAUGUUCCAGUAUUUCAAGAAGUUUGGGGAUAAGCCAUGUUGCUUCACAGACCUGAAGGUGUUUGUUGACCUCUUGCCUGCUGCCCAGUGCACACAAUUUAUUAAUCAGCUUCUUGGAGUUGUUCCGUUGUCAACACCAACAGAGGACAAACUUGCCCUGCCAGGUGACAUCCGUGCCCUGCAGCAGCAUCUGUGUGUCGUGCAGCUGACAAGGCUCCUUGGCUUGUACCACAUCAUGGAUAAGAACCAGAAGCUGGGUGUGGUCAGAGAGUUGAUGUUAAGGUACCAACACGGACUGGAGUUUGGGCGCUCUUGUUUGAAGACAGAAUUGCAGUUCUCUGAUUAUUACUGCCUCCUCGCUGUCCAUGUGCUCACUGAUAUAUGGAGAGAAGCAGGUGAGGAGACUGCUGUGUGGCAGGCCCUGACUCUGCUAGAAGAAGGCUUAACCCAUAGCCCAUCCAAUGCUCAGUUCAAAUUGCUGCUUGUUCGAAUCUACUGCAUGCUGGGUGCAUUUGAGCCAGUGGUGGAUCUUUACUCCAGCCUUGAUGCUAAGCAUAUCCAGCACGACACCAUUGGCUAUCUUCUGACCCGAUACGCUGCAUCCUUGGGCCAGUACGCUGCUGCCUCCCAGUCCUGUAACUUCGCACUCAGGUUUUUCCACUCCAACCAGAAAGAUACCUCAGAAUACAUUAUUCAAGCUUACAAAUACGGUGCAUUUGAGAAGAUUCCAGAGUUUAUCGCUUUUAGGAACAGGCUGAAUAAUUCUCUCCACUUUGCACAAGUGCGCACUGAACGGAUGCUCUUAGACCUUCUUCUCGAAGCAAACAUAUCAACUAGCUUGGCAGAAAGUAUCAAAUCGAUGAACCUGAGGCCAGAGGAAGAUGACGUUCCAUGGGAAGAUUUGCGAGACAACAGAGACUUGGAUGUUUUCUUUAGCUGGGAUCCAAAGGACAGGAAUGUUUCUGAAGAGCAUAAGAAACUCUCUUUGGAGGAGGAGACCAUGUGGUUAAGAAUUCGCACCUUAACGUUGAGACUGAUCAGUGGACUUCCAAAUCUUACCCACCCUGUGGAGCCAAAGAACUCAGAGAAGACCUCGGAGAAUGGUGUAUCCUCCCGGAUUGACAUUCUUCGUUUGCUCCUCCAACAGCUAGAAGUGGCCGUGGAGACGGGGAAGCGGUUUAUUGAGAAGGAAAUUCAGUAUCCUUUCCUUGGGCCUGUCCCCACCAGGAUGGGCAGGUUCUUUAGUUCUGGCUGCUGUCAGUGCCUGGUCCGCUCCUUUCACCUUGUCAAUGAUGUCUAUGAGCUUGAUACGAGUGGUUUAGAGGGUACACUGGAUAUACAGGAACGAAUAGAAAAUAGUCUUGCAGCUUUACUAGAACUAUUGAAAGGUGUCUUCAGCACGUGUAAAGGCGAGCUCUUAGAAGUUAAAGAUGGCAAUGUGAAGACACAGCCAGCUGUCCUAGAGAAUCUGGUCUUCUUUGUCGAGACAAUCUCUAUCAUCCUUUGGGUAUCCAGUUACUGUGAGAGUGUCCUGCGACCAUACAAAUUAAAUAUACAGAAAAAGAAAAAGAAGAAAAAAGAGACCAGCAUCGUCAUGCCUCCAGUCUUCACCAGUUUCCAAGACUAUGUUACUGGACUUCAGACUUUAAUUUCCAAUGUUGUGGAUCAUAUUAAAGGACUUGAAACAAAUCUAAUUGCACUUAAACUUGAGGAACUCACAUUAGAAGAUACUUCUAUCUCUCCGGAAGAAAGAAAAUUUUCAAAGACUGUGCAGGGGAAAGUGCAGAGCAGUUACCUGCACUCACUUCUGGAAAUUGGGGAGCUGCUGAGAAAAAGACUUGAGACCACAAAGAAACUAAAAAUUUAAGAAAGUAUGAACCACGGGCACUGAAGACUCUACAGCAGAAGAUGACACACCACCUUCCCCGGCAACAGCCACAUCUGCUGGCCAUUGUUUUCAUCCAGAUCUUCCUCACAUGCAUGAAGGACUUUGAUCGUGAAUUAAUUUUUGAGGUAUUAAAUAUAUACAACUGAUUAUAAAUUAUUGUAUAUAAACCAGAAGCAGGACCCACAUCUGGGUUUACCACUCUCUAUACCUGUUCAUGUGUACAGGACAGCAACAAGAGAACCCUACUUCCUUCCCAUCACCAGAAAUGUUUUUGGUGGGGUUUCUAUACAAGCAGCAAUAGAAAUAAGUACAAAGCAUUGACCUCAAAGCAGGUGAUUUCUCUCUGUUAUGCAGUAGGAGUUUGGAUUUGGUCCUGAGUCACAGGAGGCAAAAAGCAGAUGCAGGAGUAGACAUAAGAGCAGGACUCUUUCCGUGGCAGCAGGUUCCUUAUGAGGCUCCCACAGAACCAGGGUGGGUUCACAGAGGGUCAGGUGAGAUGUAAUGUGAGAACAUGCUGCUGCAGGGCACCACACAUGACCACAGGUGCUCGGUUUUGGCUUCAUAGUCCUGAGAGCCAAAACGUCCCUAGCCCCGCUCCUGGGAGAGCUUAGCCUCGGGUCAGCGAGGAAGACUCUGAGUACAGUCCACCUCACACUUCCUCAGCUGCUUGUCCAUUGGGCCUCUGGGAAAAGUGGGAAGAGCUGUUUAAAGAGCGGUGUUCAGGACUUGUGUGGGCCAAGCUGUCUGAUACUUGUUUCUGUUGUUUGGAGUCCCAUUCUGCAGCCGAUUCAUGAGUCACACACAGAGAUAUACAUAGGUAUAAAGGUGCUACGAAACAAAGAUUUACUACUUUAGUGUUUGCAAGUGGGGAGUUUGGGACAGAAGGAGUUGUGUGCUAUGGAUUUAACCUAGGUUUUAAAUUUUAGCUUGACAAAAGAUAGUGUUUCCAUGGGCCUGAUGUCCGUCUACUUUGACACUUGGCAAAUGGACCAGGAUUCAUUUCCUUUGUUCACUUGGAGGUUGGAGGUCUGGUUCCCAAGCCUGCAGCUUGAGAGGCUGCUCUGAGAGGAUGAAGACUGCUCUUGUAUGUCAUGCUGAGCUCCUAACGACUCCUUUAGUAACUGUUGGUGUUUGAAUCACCCUCUCUGUUCUCAUCGCCUGUCACUGACGUGUCAGUUAACUCCAGGUGAAGAAAUGGAUCUGCUGGGUAUUGGUCUUUCCCCGCACUGCUCCAGCAGAAGGUGAUGCCAGCUAAGGAGAGCUGGCAAAGUCUUGGGUGUGAGGUUUGCAUUUUAUCAUUUACCUUGACAUUCUUAGAUUCACAAAUCAGCAUAGUGGGUAAUAAUAGUUUAAACGUCUAAGGGAAUCUGUAGAAACCACUUUCUUACUUGUAAGAUGUGCUGGAAAGCCUAGACCACAUAAUUACACCAGAACAUUUUUAUAACUUGCUAUAAUAUCACAUGUUCCAUCCCAAAAGAAAGGGCCUGCUGAGUAAGAUGAAGACUCUGAAUCCGAUUCCUUGAACAUCAACAUGUGGUCAUUUUCUGUAGCUAUGACCUGUGUCUUAUGGGCUGGGUGGGCUUUUGCCUGUAGUGUUGCUCCUGAAAUAAUGUUUCUUGGGAUAUUCAAAUUGUUGUAUGUCUGUAGAUAUAGAUGCUCUUUAAAACAGCUCUGUCAGCUGACCAUGAUCAGUUAAGUAUGGACUGCACACUGGCUCUGGUUCUCAGGACAUAGCUCUUCCCUCUAGUGGUCUAUGCAGUCUUCUGCCCUGGACACCUGGGAUCUCCACUGGUUUUACUGACAAUAAUGUCAAGUUGGAGCUGUGCUUCCUUUGUUACUUGCUGAUUUUCCUACUAAAUGUAGCAUUUCAAUUAGAUCAAAUUGUUACAUUUGGAGAUAAUUGUAAAAAGAAUGAAAUUAUGAAGAAAUGGCCAAUAUCUUUUAUCAGUUUGUUCUUUUGGAAGCUGUCAUGCCUAUAAAUUGUGUACAGUUAAAGUAUAUAUAUAUAUAUUCUUACUGAGUAAAAAGCACCCUCUCCCCACAGUUGUAUGUCUUAAUAUCUGAGGAGAUGCUCAGUGACCCGUUGCUGCUGCUGUUCUGGUUUAUAUGGGUUUUGUUCUGUUUUGUUUUUGUGUGGUAAAUUGAUAUUUAAAAAACAAAAAACAACAACAAAAAAUAACCACGACUACUGUUUACAGACUGAAAAAAAUCACUGCUUUUUAUACUACUGAGAUCCUAAGUCAAGACUUUCCAAAGCAGGCGUUGGGUUCAAGUUUCUUCUCUGAUGUGGACCGCGAGUCCUGUAAUGUCUCCACGUGAUGGAGAGUGUGCACAAAUCUAGGUGUGCUGCCAUCGAGUUUGUAUAUUUUCAUAAUUUUAAUUGUUCAAAAUUGCAUUAUAUUUUGCAAUCACCACGUUCAA